AUGUGGCUCUGCAAAAAGACCUCAGCAGGACUUGUAGUCCUUGCUGGUACAGCUCUUGCCCAAAAUAGCCCACCCACACGUUACUGUGAUUCUGUCACCUCGCUAUGCUAUUCUGGCUGGACUGGCGGAAAUGGUGUGCUGAUUGGAGUGGCCAUGCCUAACGUUACUGUGGCACCUUUUGAAACAGUUCUUCAAAUUGUCUCUCCUAUCAAAAAUGGCUGGGUCGGGAUCGCAUGGGGUGGAACGAUGCCUUAUGUACCACUCACAAUUGGUUGGGUGAACAAUGCCUCAAACACCACCAUAUAUUCCUCGAGGAUGGCCUACGGGCUGAGUUUACCGCAGCCGUUUACGGGUGCCGAGUACUCAUAUCUGAAAGGAACUGGGUACAAUACAACACAUUGGACUCUCAAUGUCCGCUGCAAGGGAUGCAGUCAGUGGGCGGACGUAGACGGAAAGGCACGCUCACUUGAUCCCCAGAACGCAACCAUGCCAUUUGCACAUGCGUAUGCCAGCAAAUUACCCGCGCAGCCAGCUAAUAACCGGUCCACAUUUAAUGUACAUUCGGCGUUUGGCCAUUGGACUCUAGACAUAGCACUUGGAAAGAACGUUGACUUCAACAAGGCAGUUGCAGCCAACCUGAUCCCAGAUGGUCCUCCAUCAAGUAGCGUACCGCCGACUAGCUCUACUUCGAUCCCUACUACGCUUAGCACGAGCGUUACUUCUCCAACAUCAACACCAAUAUCAACUGGCAUUCCUGCUUCGUGCUCGGGUGUGAAUGCACUCAAGAAUCCUGCGCUCACAGCUCCAGGCUGGAAGGCUGUCAAAGUUGCAGGAGAUUUGAUUCAGCCUAGAGGAGUAGUGAUCGAUAGCGCUGGGCAUUUGCUCGUUGUGCAAAACGGUCAUGGUAUCACGGCCCACGAAAUUGGACCAAAUGGCUGCAUCAAGUCGACUAAGGAUCUCAUCGUCCAGAUGAAUCUUAACCAUGGAAUUACUCUGAGCAAUGAUGGCAAGACUUUGUAUGCUAGCUCGCCAACAACGGUGUGGUCAUGGAGUUACGAUGCAGCGACAAUGACUGUUGGCUCAACCUCCAAAACCAUUGUUACAAAGAUGGACGAUCGAGGACAUGUUACUCGUACAUUGGUCUUCCCUCCCAAGUACCCCAACCUCCUUGUGGUCUCUCACGGAUCCAACGACAACUUUGACUUCGACUCUGGAGACAUUACUAAAGGACGCUCGUGUGUGAAAGUUUUCGAUAUAUCGAAGACGCCGGAUGCCGGGUAUGUUUACGCGACUGGAGGGUACCAGAUGGGAUACGGCCUACGCAAUGGAGUGGGACUUGCUUUUGAUCAAGACGGAAUGAUGUGGGAAAUCGAAAACGGAUCCGAUGAAAUCAACCGUACCGUCACCGGUAAGACGUGGGAUAUCCAUGACGAUAACCCCGCUGAAGAAAUCAACUAUCUUGGUGAUCCAUCCAAGGAGAAUAAGCAGUGGUACGGAUACCCGACCUGCUUCUCGGUCUGGAAACCCAGCGACUUCACGGACACAAAGCUUAAUGUCGGCGAUCAAUUUGUCCUGGCUCCCAACAACACAUUCAACGACACUACAUGUGCGCAGAAGAGCACACCAGCGCGUCUUCUCUUCCAAGCCCAUUCAGCACCUCUUGAUGCCACGUUCAGCAAAGACUUCACCAGCAUGUAUGUAACGUUCCACGGCAGCUGGGAUCGAACACCUCCGACGGGCUACAAAGUUGUGGAAGUCCCAUUCGCGAAAGGCACGACCGGAUUUGGACCAAAAGCGGCGCUGACAAGCACAUCCGGGUACAAGGACAUUUUCUACGCGGAGAAAGUAGAGGAUUGCUCUACGGUGCAUUGUUUCAGGCCUGUCUCGAUUGCAAAAGACAAGUAUGAGCGCAUGUACAUUACGAGUGAUAGCGGGGGAGAAGGAGAGAUAAUAUUGCUUGGCAAGGCAUGA